AUGCUCACAAUUGAUAACUUUCUCGGUCAGCUGCGCGCCAUCGUCCAAAUGCCGUCUUCACGCGACAAGGCUGGCUCCCAGGAGCGCGGCCACCCCACCAAAACCGGCAAUCAGAGCAACCCCAAACCGACAACGAGGCGACCGUGCAGACGUCGCAUUACGCGGGCCGAGCCGGGCUCCCUGUAUGACAUCCUGCAUGACCAUGCCGGCACUUCCCUCUAUGUCGUCCCCAUCUGCUGGACCGACCAGCAUACCCGUCUCCUGGGGGCGCGCUUUCGCAAGCGCUCCGCCGUCGUCACCCCGGUCCCAGAUAUUGCUCAUGGAGUGUGGCUUGAGCCAUCCAAGAUGGCGCAAACAUUGACUUCGGAGCUGCACACUCUCGUGCGGCAAGACGCGACAUCAGCCAGGGCAUUCUGCAAGAUUCGCGCCAUGAAGCAUAUCCUGUCGACUCUGUUCCCUGCGACAUUGGCCCGCCCCAAGACUGGCGCCGAGCUGAACUUCUACUUCGGGCAUCGCGUCUUCAGGAAAGUCGUCCGCAUCCCUUGUGUUUGGAAGAGUCCGAGCAGUGUCGACACAUCCUUCGAUUCAUGCCCGACGUUGCCCUCGACAUCAUUCAAUGGCACACCGAAAACCGGUCGCGAUCCAGGCAUGCCGAUGCUUGCCUACAUCAACAAAUCCCAGCUCGCCGCCAUUCGCCAGAAUCUCUACGGUGUGCUUCGUGGGCCUGGUGGCACGCCCAACGAAGUGGUCGGCAAUUUGCAGCGACUACGAUCCAAGUUGCUGAUCCCAGAAAAUGCCGACCACGACCCCUACGUUGUUGCCAUUCUCCUCGCCAUGGCGCAAGCGCACUUCUACCGCGAAUCACCAUCGCGCUCCUCUUCGCAGUCCAGCUCCCAGGGCAAAACAAAGUCGAUCCGUAUUACGCCACCCUUGUUUCGCGACAUCAAAGUGCAGGUCAUCACCCACGACGAGGGCAACGACAACAACCCCAACUUUGUCGUCUACACAGCGACCAUCACGAAGAGCUUCUUGGACCGUUUCAUGUUCCCCCACAAGGCGCCAAACGGCGAAACCGAGAAGGACUUGAAGGUUGGCAUGGACAUCUCGCACACGCCAGUGAGCUUUUGGCCCAUUCUUGGUCUAAAGGAACGCCUGUCCAAGGCUCUGGGCCGAGAGAUCGCCGGGGACUCCAUCUACGACGACCCGAACCACAUUGGCCUCUGGGACCCGCUGCUGGAGCCGCAGGUUGAGCAACGCCCUGUCUACCACCCCGUCAGCCUCAAGCGGAGGCGCACAGACAGGGAGCCACUGUCGCAGGUGUUGAACAGCAGCUUCGAGGAGGAACAGCCCAGCAGCUCGGACGACCGGCCUGUGCACAGUCCCGCGACUAAGAGGCGGAGGACGACACGCCGGGUCAAUAGCAACACUUUGGAGGUGUGUUGA